AUGGCUGGGAUAAAAAUUUGGUUCAGGAUCCCCCCAAACUAUCUGCUGAGCUGUAUCCUAUGCUCAGCCAAUGGCCUACUUUUCGGAAUGGACACCGGUACUAUCGGUCCUGUGACCGAGAUGGAUUUCUUCAAAGCCGCAUUCGGGGGCACCCAAAGCUCUACGAUACAUGGUCUUAUCGUGUCCUGCAUUUUGAUCCCGGCAGCUCUCUCGUCUUUGUUCGCCGGUUAUGUUGCAGAUCAUGUCGGUCGGCCAAAGAGUAUCUCUAUUGGGACUCUGAUUUUCGGUGCCGGAGCUGCUAUCGAAGCGGGGUCUACUUCGCUCGCUAUGUUCAUCAUUGGCCGCGUUAUCGAAGGUAUUGGAGAGGGCCUUUUUCUUGGAAAUCUUGUCGUCUUUAUCUGUGAAAUCUCUCCAAUCCAGAAAAGAGGAGCUCUGACAACUGGUCCCCAGCUAGCCUGUACCCUCGGAUUGGUUCUGGGAUACUUUGUUAGCUACAUAUGCUCCAGUAUUCGGUCAAGCUUGUCGUGGCGCCUUCCAUGGGUCCUUCUUUCAGCCCUUUCAGUGUUGUUUUCUUUGCUUUCUCUGUGUUUUCUGCCGGAGUCGCCUCAGUGGCUUGGCUUCCAGGGUCGUUCUGCUCAAGCGGAACUCACUUGGGACAGGUUGGGCGUCGCACGUUCAGACCGGGAAAAGGUUGAAACCCAAGCAGAGACGGACUCGGGGGAGAUUUAUCCUGGAUUGAAGAAAAUUGGAAAUGGUGGAACCAUUGACAAGCUUUUGGAUAUAUUUUCCGAAGAUGUUCGGGGCCGUACGGCCCUUGCGGUGUUUUUGAUGGGCAUGCAACAGAUGAGUGGUAUUGAUGGCAUCCUUUACUAUGCCCCGCAACUUUUUCAAAACGCUGGACUUGCCUCUUCAGAAGCAAGUUUCUUGGCUUCUGGUGUUUCGGCUCUUGUUAUUUUCGCUGUGACCAUCCCCGGUUUACUUUAUGCCGACAAGUGGGGCCGACGAAAGAGUAUAAUCUUUGGCGGUAUCGGAAUGGGGAUUCUAAUGUUCUUAAUGGGAGGGCUUUACGCAGAGGGUGCUGUUCACAAAAACACCGGUGUUGGUCGCUGGAUUGUAAUUGUAUCGAUCUAUCUCUUCGCAGCCCUUUACUCUGCGACAUGGGGUAUCACUGCCAAGGUUUAUGCCGCAGAGAUCCAGCCUCAACGAACAAGAGCAUCGGCUACAACCCUGGCUCAUUCGAGCAAUUGGGUAUUCAACUUUACCGUGGCUUUGACUACACCCAUUUUACUUGCGAAGAGCAGCUUUGGAGCUUACUUUUUGUUUGGCGGAUGCUGCGUGAUAACUGUCAUUGUCAGCAUUUUCUACAUGCAUGAAACAAAAGGUCGAAGUUUUCCACAGAUUGAAGAAGCUUUUCUCAAAUCGUCAGACAUAGGUGUUUUCUGGAAGCGCGAAGAAAACAAAGCUUGA